AUGGAUGUUGCCCCAGCGCUUCCCCACACUUCGCCCUCGCUCGAACCCUCCCAACAGUCUCGUUCUCCUUUUUCCUCGCAAGCCGUCAUGCCUCCGUCUUCUCCUUUCCAAUUCGCAACCACUACAGCCCCUCAGAGCACAUCCGCCCCAGAUCGACCGGCACAAUCCCAAAAUGUCGACCAUUCCGCACACAAUUUUUAUCCCCCAACCGCUGCCUCCAGUCCUUCUCCCGAUUCAGAUCUUCAGUCAACUCCGCAGCAACCUUCGCAAGGGGACUCUAUGGAUACUACCUUAGACAUUCCACAACCACAACCACAGCCACAAGCACAACUACAACCAGAUGAGAGCUUCUCGAGCACUGUUCUCUCGGAGUCAACUGCUGAGCCUGAAGCAAUUACCUCGGUCCCUGAAGUCAUGGAAACUGAGCCAGCCCCAACCCCCGAAGUUGUCAAUGAUGCUGCUCUGCCAAUUGUUAACUCAUCUUCAACCGAUGCUGAGCCUCCUACAACCACGGCUACUGAAGAAAUCGUGCCCGCAUCGAAUGUGACGGGUGCGUUAGACAACGAGAAUGACCCCCACGUAGAACCUUCAUCGGAACAGCCCUCAUCAGACCAGCCCUCGCCUCAAGAUUCUGCUGAUAGCCCGCCCGAACAGAAUAACUCACAGGAUGACCUCCAGAGCAUUCCCCCAGACUCACCCAGCAGUGAGGAAGAACAUGCUUACUGGGCUGAUAUAGAGCAGGACACUUCGUUCCCCGAUGAAGGGGAAAUCAAGGAAAUUGAGUCUGGCGACGAUCACAGUGCCUUGGAUUAUGAUUAUUGGGAAAAGACCUUCUAUAGUGAACUUGAUGACCCCGAGUAUACACCCGCAGAGAAAGCCCGCCUCACCUGGAAAUUCAAAGGCGUACGAGGCACGAAGGAAAAACCAAACCGUGCUACUAUAAUGAGAUCACCAGCCGCCUUCAUUGGUGGCCUUUACUGGAGAAUAAAAUUUUUCCCUAGAGGUAAUAACGUAGAGUCUCUGAGCAUAUACGUUGAGUCUUCCCCCACCCCCCCUGAACAGGACAAAGAUAUCCCCGAGACCGAAUUCAAAGUUUUCAAAGGUCCCCCAAAUGCCGUACUGAGUGAUUUGGUGCCGGAGGUUGAUAUAACUCUCCCAGCUACGGCUGACUCCUGUAGGGAGGCUCCAACAGCUCCAGCCUCCGCUUCUCAGGACGACGAGAAACAAGAACCUCCCGCUGCAGGUAAUACCCAACAUAUACCUAUAGAGGAGCCAACGAGUGAGCAGUCGAGAGAACUUCCACCAUCUGAAGCAUCCCAGGAUUGGAGGGUAUCGGCUCAAAUAGGCGUCAUCGUAUACAAUCCCAAUGAACCUCGAACCGCUUACAUGCAGUCCUCGUGUCACCAGUUUAACAUAAAUAACGUGGAUUGGGGCUGGACAACUUUCCAUGGCCCUUGGAACAAGAUCCAUGUACGACAACGGGGCCAGAGGCAAGCUCUGCUUCAAAACGACACUCUCGCCUUCGAUGCCUACAUUCGAAUUAUCGACGAUCCAACCCAGUCACUGUGGUGGCAUUCAAGCGAAUGUGAGCCUAUCUGGGAUAGUUUGAGCCUGACUGGUUAUCGGCCCAUGGGUGCCUCUAACGUGGAAUAUAGCUUUGAGGCUGCUGGUUUGGUAUCGUGGCUUCUCCUCGCACCUUUCCGGGAAAUUAUUCAGAGCGUGGACGUCCUGGAACAUAUCACCACACCAGGUGUUAGACCUAGACCAUUGUGCGAGGCCUUGCAGAAGCUAUUAUGGGUUUUGCGGACACCACAUCUACCGCAACUUUCAGUUGAUACCGACUCGGUCACUAAAACGCUUCGAAAUUUGGAGGAAUUCUCAGGGGACGUGAUGGAGUUUUGGGAGAGGUUUCGACGCUCACUUGAAUUAGAACUGGAAGGGACUGAUGCCUUUCAGAAGAUGGCAAAAAUAUUUGACGGUGAGGCAACUGACGAGCAGCCUGACACCGUCAACUGUUUCCGCGGAGACUUCAACUCGAGAAUUAAAAUUUCGGCGGAAACUUCAAACAACGUGGAAUCUGCCGUGAAACAGUAUCUCAGCGACAAACCCGGAAAGUGGUCACUGCCUACUGUUCUCCAUGUUGAGCUCUCUCGCCAGAAAUUCGACAAGGCCAGCCGCCAAUGGAAGUUUCUUUCGCGACGAGUUCGGUUAGAUGAAGAACUCGAUCUGUCGGAUCUUGUUGUUGAGCCUCAAUCUGGAAAAUACAGCCUUUACGGGUUUGUGGUCUAUAAGGGCGAGCGGACUUCUGCGCACUACUACAGUAUCCUCCGUCCUGGUGGACCGGGAUCGCGCUGGCUUGCGUUUGAAAAUGAAGGCGACAGCAAGAUCGAGUGUCUGACCACCAAGGCGGCGAUUGACGCUCAUGAAGGCAUCUCACCCCACGACGAAAUCGACGAUCACAGGUCCAGACAUGAUGUUGCCGUUGUUGUCAUGUAUGUUCGAAAUGACGUCCUGCCCCAGUUCCUGACUGGAAAAAUCGAACCGUGGGAUAUUCCUGAGACAAGACAGUAUUUUUUUGAAUCUGGACAUUUGCCAUUCACUUCGUCGCCCUCGGUUGCCGUUGAGGUAUAUUCCCUCGGUGACCUCUCUCUGGUGGGCAAUAACUUAUUUGACAUUUAUGACUUGAUGGAUACUUCUAGAUCCGUUGGUCGAUUUCUACAUUUUACCCUGCCAGCAAGGACAACAAUUGCAGAGUUAAGAGACAAGCUAGCGCUGUGGCAGUCGAAUGAGGAUACAGAGGUGAAACCGCAAGAUAUCCGCCUGUGGCGGAUUGGCCGUCCAAAAUCGUGUUUCGCCCCCACCUCGCAGCUCACAGCUAUUCAAGAUCUCUCUCAAUCCUUGGUGUGUUCUGAGAUGGACGUUUUGCGCCUGUGGAUGCACGUCCUGACUAAAGAUGGUGCAAAAUUAUUUGCUGUACCCAAUCCACUAGCCCCUGCCGGCGCAUUUGAAAAUGAACAGGUCGCUGAGGAAAUUGCAGAACCCGUGGAUGAGUCGAGUAACCCUGUAGAUGAAUCUCCACUGGAAGGUCAGGAUCCCCAGGAAGCCCAGGAUGUCGACAUUGCUGAUUCAAACACCUCUACCGAUCUGCUGCAAAUGGAGGAAGGUAGUGAUGCUACUAUGAUACCUUCUAGCCAGUCAUCCGAAGGCGUACGAGUAGCCGAUGAGACGGAGACACCGGGGCCCGAAACCUUGCUGCCCUCUGAUAACAACAACUCAUCCGAUGGCACCCAUCAGGAUCUCAACAACCCCAGAGGCGAAGAUGUUCAAAUGACUGACGCAGAGCCCGACGCUAAUACCUCGCAGCACCUGCAAACAGAGCCGAUUGAUGCAGAGGCAAAUUCAGAGGACGUAAAUAUCUUCCAGGAAAUUGCGAUGGGAGCUGCCAACGAAGCAUCCACCGUAACUGACCCAACUGCAGAUCCGGUGGCGCAGGCGACCACACCAGAACGGUCGGGCGAAUUUCAGGCCGGCGACGAAACUGGCUCAGCCGAACUUGCAAGUACUAAUACCGAACAUGUUUCUACGCCCGCUCCUUCUCGAGAAGACUCGGUCAUGCAAGAUGCUGCCCCUGGAAAUCCAUCGGACGUUUCAACCAACGAGAGCUCAGCCGCAGUUCCGAUGACAGGGAACCCAGAGAACGACAUCAAUGAAAUUGCUCCACUGCCACUGGAGAAUCUAAUUCAUCCUCCUGUCCGGCUGACUGCCCAAGUAUAUUAUUUUGUCCAGAUAUUUGACUUGGAGAAACAAGAAUUCCGCUUUGCCGGCGUUUUCUUUGGUAAAAGAAGUAAUUCCAUUAAAGCUUCAGUUCGUGCCGCUCUUGGAUGGCCGGAUGAUAAAUCCUUCAACCUUUGGCAUCGUGCUGAUUGCAUAUCGAUCUCGUCCAUCUCCAGCAAGGAGAGAUUUAACACAGUUUUAGCUACCGAUCAAGAUGGUGAAUGUUUCAUUGUUGAGGAGGUGUUACCAAAGUCACAAUGCACGAAAAUUUCAGAAAGUGGUUCCUUCACCAGUCCCAGUUUGCUAGCUCAGUAUCUUCGGGCUUUAUCUCGGCGGCAUCCAACGCAGUCUUUCACUGGCACGAAAACCAUUGAUGCUGUUUUUAAUGGUGAGUAUUAUUCCGGGGAAUUCAGUAAGGGAUACUAUCAUGGCAAAGGUACUCACAUAUCAAACUUGGGUGCGACCUAUACUGGCGAUUUCGUCCUGGGACAACGCCAUGGAAAAGGUGUCCUGGAGUCCCAAUCCGGCGAUACGUACGACGGGGAUUGGUUCGAAGAUCAGCAAAAUGGGCAGGGAACGUUCAUAGAACGCAGGACUGGGAACAAGUACGUUGGUGGCUUCCGCGCUGGCAAGCGCCAUGGGAAGGGCAUCAGUUACUGGGAAGUUGCCGCUGAAGAAAUGGGCCUCUGCCAAAUUUGCUACAGCGAGGAUCAAGAUGCACUAUUUUACAGCUGUGGCCAUGUCUGCGCAUGUGUCAGUUGUGCCAAACGGGUUGACAAAUGCCCCAUAUGCCGGAAGAAGGUCGCCAAUAUCGUGAAGAUUUACCGCACUUAA